UUGAUAAAUCCGAGACUUAUUUGUCGGGUUUUUUUUAUUCAUCGGUGAGGUGCAAUCGCAAGAGAGUUAAUUGCGGAAAACAAUGGACGGGUUUCGAAGGGGAGAGAGUGAUGUUCAGUGGUGAAGUGUAAUGUGACAGGACGAUCUUGCAAUUCUCAAAUACUCGGUAGUCCGUGGGAAGAGUGAUUUUGGGGGAAAAUGUUGAAUGACAUUUUUUGGUGGAAAUUUAUUCUCAUGCGAAAAAGGUUAUCUUUUGGGAUCGUCGAAGUGGACGAGGUUCCGGGAUAAAUGGGAAGGACGAACUACGAACAAAAUGGAGAAUCCGACGCGGCGACGGACGUUUCAGCAUUCUCGGAGAAGGAUUUCGAUGUUAAAGAGUGGAUAAACAAAACUUUUAAAUCCACUGAUGCACUGGAAGACAAAGACGCAUUUGUGUCUUCCCUGGUAAUGAAACUUCAAUUAUACGUACAACAAGUGAACGGUUCCCUCGAAGAAACGAGCCAGUCUGUUCUCUCGAGUCUUCCCAGAAUCCUCAGGGAUACCCAGUUGCUCCAGCAGGAGGCAUUGGCCCUCAAAGAAAAGAUGGUCACUGUCAAACAAGAAAUAGCAAAGGUGGAGAAGGAUACAGCCCUGUCCAUGACAGCUCUGGAAAAAAUAGACAGGGUGAAAACAGAGCUUCAAGUUGCCAAACAAAGUCUUCAUGAAGCGGACAAUUGGAGUGUUCUUGCAAAUGAUCUCGAGGAGGUCUUCGAGUCAGGUGAGAUUGACAGUAUAGGUGGAAAGCUAUUUUCCAUGCAGAAAUCACUCUCCAUGCUAUCAAACGCUGUAGACUACGAGGACAAAAAGCUACAACUUGAGGGAUUGAAAAAUCGUCUGGAAGCGAUGGCCAGUCCAAAACUGGUGCAAGCGUUCACAGUCCGAAAUUUAGACGAGUCUAAGCAGUACGUAAACGUCUUCAGCAAAAUGGACAGACUCCCCCAACUCCUCAAGUACUACCAAAACUGUCUAAAAGUAUCUCUAUGCGAGGAAUGGCGAAGAAUACGUGAAGUCUCGAUGGACGAGAACGUAACCUCCUGGUUGAACGCAUUCUACGACAAACUAUUACUGGAAUGGCACGACCAGGUGAAGUGGUGCAACCAAGUGUUCCCAACCCCGUCCACAGAGAUCCUCAUAGACAUCUACGCGGACGUCUUGUGCUCACUGGACCCCAGCAUUCACGACACCAUUUCGGGGGCCCUCAAGUACCUGUCACCCCCCCUCCAACUGGAUCUCCUCCUGGAGCUCAAAAGAAUAACUCAGAACUUUGCGAGAAACUUGAACGCAUCUCUGGAGAUCUUCUCGACUCAGCAAAAGUCAGAGGAUAAGCUCCUAGCCCUCGCCCAGUCGAUUUAUUCUCCUUACGUUGUCCACGUAUCCAAGUAUUCGACGUAUGCAUCAGGACAAUUGACUGAAAACCUGAGUUCCAUCGAGACAAGCCACGAGGAUCUGAGCGAUACAAUAAAUUCGCUGUCUCUGAGUGUUUCCAGAGCGAUUGAUCACGCAAAUGAGGCAAAUAAGAGGUGCAAGCUCUUCACCGAGGGCUGUGGAUACCCAGAACUCCUCAAAGCCCUCAAUACCUACUUCCUCCAGUACCUGGACAGAUUCACAAGCUGCGUGAAGCAGCUGGAGAAGAGGAAGACAAAGCACGAGGACUGGAAUCUCUUCCAAAUGUGUCUGACGUUGAUGCAGAUCAUCGGUAAUUUCUUGGUGCAAAUUGAGGAGUUCGAGAAGAUUCUGGUGGUGAGUAUUGUGGAGGCGAACAACAAGUUCCAGAGUGGAGCUGCAGGUGUCUUCAGCAGGUUCAAAAUUCUGCUGCUGAGUCCAAAUGGACGUCAGGAGUUCGACAAGCUGGUGAAGUCGUUGAACCAGAACGACGAGAAGACACUUCUAGCGUCUGUCACUGAAUCUGUUUACAAAUUGUGUUCUGAUCUCCAUCACACGACUUAUGAAGUCAUUUUCGCUCCCAUCUUCACGCAACUCCUGCUCAUUCAGAGGGCCCCAGCCUGGCAUGGAGACGGUGGGAAGGUACAGGGCCUAUCGUCUGACCUGCCUGACUACAGUUUCGCCCCUCAGGAGUAUAUCACUCAGGUGGGGCAGUACCUCAUGACACUUCCUCAACAUUUGGAGCCAUUUCUGCUGAGGGAUAAUCCGAGUUUGGUGCACGCCCUGAGGGCUGCUGAUGCUCAGUACACGCAAGGGACUUCUGACGGCGGAUUCACUGGGACUCUGCUGGGAAUUGUUGCCAAGGGCACUUGCCAGAUGUUCCAGGAUCAGGCACUGGGGAUUUGCGAACUCAAUUCUGGGGCUUGCAAGCAACUUGCUACUGAUAUAGAUUAUCUGGGGAAUGUGCUCGAGGAAUUGGGACUCUCCCUGUCGGACAAUCUUCAGCAGAUGUCAACGCUACUGAGAUUAUCGCCGGAGGAGUAUCAGUCCGGCUGCUCAGGCUGUAAUGCUCGGGUCGUUGCUGCUGUUCGACAAAUGCGAAAUAUUGCAUCUUCAGGAUGAAUCAUAAUUCAAGUCAUUUCCCUCCUUCAUUCUAUAUCUUCAGUGCUGCAUUGUGAAAUGUCGAUGAAGCUUCGAUUUUAUUUUUUAUUCGUUGAUAGCGAAUUGUAUAUAAAUUUACGAAAUAAAGAAGAAAAAUGAA